AUGGCACCUUCGUUCGACGGCAUUGCUGAUCUCAUACCCAAGGAUGCAGGUCUUCAGCUGCCUCUCGGUUUCAGCGUAGGAGACUUCAUGUCGCAAAUCAUCACACUUGAAGUCGGCCCAGAACCCAUGAUCAUGACAGCGCAUAAAACGAUCUUGACCAGAUCAGACUACUUCGCCAAAUACUUGGAGAAUCUCAAAGAAGGUGUCCAGAACAAGGUCAAGCUUCCGCACGACGUACCGUUCGACAUCCUCAGAAUACUCUGCUUCCUGUACACCGGCAACAUGUUCGAAGGAGACGCCGGCGACCGAGGUCGCAGCCUCAACCAUCAUUGGAACCCUCAGGGAGUGACAUACUUGAUCAAAAUCCUCAUCAUUGCUGAAAAGUAUUGUGUCGAUGAUAUGUACUGGAGAGCCAUGAACAUGUUACGCAGCGUUCCCGACAAGUCCUUCGAUCUGAGCCAUCUGCAGCAACUCGAUGACGCAGGUCUACGAGAACACUCGAUGUUGGGAGUCAUCAUGGACAUAUUUGCUCGCAAUGCGACUGUGGAUCCCAAACGGCUGCGUGUCAUGCUAGACAACGAGCUUGACUUGGAACCGGUGUUUGGUCUGGAGAUUCUGAAGAAAUUGACCGCCCACCUGGAGGGGCAAAAGCGGCAUUGUUGUGACUCCAGCUGA